UCGUGGAGGUUUCGUGGGUUUCCCUUAAUUUUCCAGAUUCCGGAGAAUUUCCACAAGAUGUUUGGAUUUGGGUGUGACUGUUUUCACUGGAGCCGAGGAGUCUCCGACUUUGAUUUGGAAUCGUCAGAGCCAAAGCCUUUCUCGCUUCCGUCUCCUCUUCCUUGCUGGCCACAAGGUCAAGGUUUUGCCACGGGAAGAAUAAACCUUGGAGAAAUAGAAGUGGUGAAAAUCACCGAGUUCCAUAGAGUUUGGAGCUCUGAUUCACCUCACGGGAAAUCAAAACGCGCAACAAUUUACAGAGCCGAGGAAAUUCCGAAAGGUUUCCACUGCCUUGGUCACUAUUGCCAGCCAACCGAUCAGUCCUUGAGAGGUUAUAUACUUGCAGCUCGAGCUACCAAACCAGUCAAUGCUGAUGAUCCCCCGCCGCUGAAAAAGCCACUGAGCUAUUCUUUAGUUUGGAGUGCAGAUUCAGAGAGAAACGGCCGUGGCUAUUUCUGGCUACCGAAUCCUCCGAUAGGUUACAGAGCAAUGGGAGUUGUUGUAACCGGUGAACCAGGGGAGCCUGAAGCAGAGGAGGUUAGAUGUGUAAGAGAGGAUCUUACAGAGAGUUGUGAAACCUCUGAGAUGGUACUUGAGGUGGGUUCUUCAAAGAAGUCGAACCGCUCUGGUUCACCUUUCAGUGUGUGGAGCAUCCGACCUUGCGAGAGAGGGAUGCGGUCACAAGGUGUAGCUGUUGGUUCCUUCUUUUGCUGCACUUAUGAUCUGUCUUCUGGUAGGACGGUCCGUGAUGUUGCAUGCUUAAAGAAUCUUGAUCCCGCCUUACACGCGAUGCCAAACCUCGACCAGGUCCACGCGGUUAUCGAACACUACGGACCAACAGUCUACUUCCACCCUGAAGAGAGUUACAUGCCUUCCUCCGUACAAUGGUUUUUUAAAAACGGAGCUUUGUUAUAUCGGUCAGGGAAAUCGCAGGGAGAACCGAUCAACUCCACAGGCUCGAACUUGCCUGUUGGAGGGUGUAAUGAUAUGGAAUUCUGGAUAGAUCUUGCCGAAGACGAAGAAGCAAAGAGUGAUCUCAAGAAAGGAAACCUCGAAAGCGCUGAGCUCUACGUUCACGUGAAACCAGCACUUGGUGGAACCUUCACCGACAUAGUGAUGUGGAUUUUCUGCCCCUUUAAUGGCCCGGCCACACUCAAAAUCGGGCUCUUCACUUUGCCUAUGACCAGAAUAGGAGAACACGUAGGUGAUUGGGAACAUUUCACUUUCCGUGUAUGCAACUUCUCUGGUGAGCUUUGGCAAAUGUUCUUCUCUCAGCAUAGCGGCGGUGGUUGGGUUGAUGCGUCGGAUAUUGAGUUUGUUGAAGGUAACAAAGCGGCUGUGUACUCAUCUAAACACGGGCAUGCUAGUUUCCCUCACCCGGGAAUGUAUCUCCAAGGCUCGUCCAAGCUCGGGAUUGGAGUGAGAAACGACGUUGCGAAAAGUGAGUACAGUUUGGAUUCUAGCCAAAGGUAUGUGAUUGUAGCUGCUGAGUAUUUAGGUAAAGGAGCUGUGGCUGAGCCGUGCUGGUUACAGUAUAUGAGAGAAUGGGGUCCAAUCAUAGCCUAUGAUUCAGGGUCUGAGAUCAAUAAGAUCAUCAAUCGUCUUCCUCUGGUUGUUAGGUUCUCUGUUGAGAACAUUGUGGAUUUGUUUCCCAUAGCUCUUUAUGGAGAAGAAGGCCCCACUGGGCCGAAGGAGAAGGAUAACUGGGAAGGAGAUGAGCUGUGUUGA